CGCGGGGCCUUUGCCCCUCCCCCCGGAGUGGCCCGUGGUGCGCCCCGGCCUAACCCAAGAUGGCGCUCGCCGUGCCCGCGCGUGCGCAGGCGCGAGCCCCUGCCCAACAUGGCCGCGCCCAGCCGCGAGGCGCCCGUGCCCGCCGGCCCCAUGGAGGCCGCUGGCGGGGAAAGGGGCUCUGCGGGGGGCCCCGAGCCCAGCGGGCCCCCAGAGCUGUUCGUGUUGUGCGGCUGGGCCGUGAGCGCCCACAUGGCCGUCCUGGAGAGUGGGGUGUGGGGCCUUCCGGCUCCCAUACUUCAAGGCAUCUUACCACUGCUCAAUAUAUAUUACCUGGAGAGGGCUGAGCAAGCAGCCCAGAAGAAAGGCCUCUCUACACAGACCAUCUGGAUUCAGCUCUGGGACGAUGUGAUGAGGACCAGGCCUCCCCGUUCUGAGAGUGUGCCCUGCUGGCGGGCCAAGUUCCUGGAGACCUUCUUCUGCCACGUGCUCCGAGGGACCCUAGACCCGGCGUGCGACUGGCGCCUCCAGGACAGCCGCUUCUCGGCCCUGCAGCACAGCGCGCCCUACGUCUCCCAGCUCACCAUCUGCAACGCGCUGCAGGGAGUGGGGGAGCUGGUGGCCGAGGCCCAGCGUGAGGCCCUGGAGAUCCUGGCCCGCUCCCUACACACUCUCAAGUUCCGGCAUCUGCUCUUCUCAGACGGAGCUGCUCAGCAGGCCCUGAGGAGGCUGCUGCACCGACUCAUUCACCACGGGGCCGUCCAGCAGGUGUCCAUGUACUCCUGGCCUGUGCCCGAGACCGCCCUCUUCAUCCUCAUCCUCACCAUGAGUGCAGGCCUCUGGCAGCCGGCCCCCUAUGACGGGCCUUGCAGCCUGUGUAGGGCGGACUCCCCGGAGCAGGCCCCAGCCCCUGGUGAGUCCGCGUUCUUACUGGCGCCCGGCCGGCCACGCUGGGACACGGCAGAGCGGUCGGCAGCCGCCCUGAUGGCCACUCGGUGGGAGACGGAGGCCAGGGAAGCUCAAGAACAGGCCAUGCUAGUGCAGGAGAGCCGGACGCUGGGGGAAACGGGCCCCGAGAGUCCUCAGACUCCGGCCAGCUCGCCUCUGCCACCCCAGGCGACUCCCGGGAGGAAAAGUUCCUGCUCCCACCCCUGGCAGGGGUCCAGUACGGAGCCAGAUGACCUCUACGACUUUGUCUUCCUCAUUGCCAGUGAAAAAGAGGAGCAGGAAGAGCCCUCGGGGGUGUGGGAGCCCGGUGGCAGGGACCUGCCCUCUCUGGACAGCGCCCAGCGCUUCCGCAGCAUCUCCUCUCUGGAGCUGUUCACCAUCCCGCUGUCCACGGAAUCAACGCUCGUCCUGUGCCACCUGCUGCGCUCCUGGGUGUCCCUGGAGAAGCUCACCCUCUCCUAUAACGGGCUAGGCUCCAACAUUUUCUACCUGCUGGAGGGUCUGCAGGCCCUCUCAGCCCAGGCCAGCUGCUGCCUCCGCUCCUUCCACUUCACUGAUCUCUUCUCCCCGCUGUCUGUGCUGGAGCUGGCCCACACCACCCUCAGAGUCCUGCCCAGGCUGCACACCCUUGCCAUCCGGAUUGACCACCUGAGCCCAGAGGACAGCCCCAGAGCCCCCGGCAGCUCUAGUACUGAGACCCGGCACGAGGACAUACCAGAGAACUGCCUGAAGCAGCUGGAGCUGGGCUUUCCCCGCAGGCCGCAGGCCAGCAAGUGCCUGUGCCAGGUCCUGGAGGCAUCGCCUGCCUUGCAGCAGCUGGCCCUGGACAGUGCCACCUUCACCUCUCCCCAGGAACUGGGGCUGGUGCUUCAGACACUGCGAGAAUGCAACCCAGCCCUGCAGAAGCUGAGUUUCCACGACAUGAAUCUUGCUGACUGCCAGAAGGAGGUGCUCUUGCUGCUCCAGGACCCCAGCCUUCGAGAGCUCACCCUGUCCUUCUGCCGCCUGCUGGAGAAGCGCCGGACCCACUUUCUGCCCAAGUUGGUCACAGCCAUGAAAAGCAAUUCCACUCUGAAGAGUUUCCGGGUGCCGGGGAACCGCCUUGGGAGCUCAGGCCUCGUGGCCCUGGCUGAGAUCUUCUCUAGUGACUCCUCCUCCUCUCUCUGCCAGCUGGACAUCAGCUCCAAUUGCAUCAAGCCAGACGGGCUCCUUGAAUUUGCCAAGCAGCUGGAGCAGAGCCACCCAAACCGUGGGACCUUCGGCCACCUCUGCCUCUUCCAGAACUGGCUGGACCAGGAUCCCAGCAUGGCCGAGGAGGCCAUUGGCCGGCUGCGGGCCACGUUCAGUGUGGUUAGUGACACGUGGGACUCCUCCCAGGCCUUUGCCGACUAUGUCGGUAUGAUGUGACUGGCCUUCUCGAAGUCCCUACCAUAGGCCAGGAUCCACAGGAUUCCAGCCACACUUCCCUCCAACCCUGGCUCCCAGCAGAGCUUGGGGGGUAGAGCAUGGCACCAGAGGCCCAAGUUCUGGCCCAGGUCACUGACUUCAUCCUCAGCAGGGUAAGAGGAGACAGGCAGAGCCUCUAUCUGCUCAAGGAUCAAAGGAAACACCCCCAGAGCCACCUCUCUCCCCAGGAAUGGCCCACCUGGAGUCCACCCCAUGCUCUUGACUCUGCCACCAGAGAGUUUUUAAUGCCUUUAUUAUUUCUGUGCCUUUUUUACAUUUCUAAAAAUAAAAAAAAUCUAUUCUGCAUA